CAGCCGUGGCACGUUGCUCGAACCUCCGGUUCCGAAGGGCUGCAGAGAGAUUCGCGUCUCUCUGAAAAAGAUAGACGUUCCCGUUUCUCUCUCGCGUAUCUCACGUAUCUCAUCCACACGUCACGUGUAUUACUCACGUAUUUACGUCGUGUUUGGUGGAGCGCGCCUCUCGUGUCCGCUGCCGAUCCCCGCACGCGCAAUGCCGCAGUCGCAUUCCACGGUCGCCGAUCGUCCGCAACGCGUCUUCAAAGUGCCGCACAUGGAGUACUUGUUGCAAGCCCGCGGUCACCAACGCAGCUCUUCAGAUACACAGGCGUUCCGCGAGCGUACGAAGAGAGAUGCGCGGGACGAGCUGCAGCGCGAGCUUGAGAAGCUGGAGGCGACCGCCCGCGAGAACAAGAGGACGAUGAUCGGCCGGCAGUUCGCCGGGUUCCAGCAUCUCUUCGAGCGAUUUCUGCAGGAAGAGGGCCCGUCCUUGGAGUGGGACCAUAUUCAGAGGCUGUCCGAGGAUGCGGUCAAGAAUUACAACUCCUUGCCGUCACCGGAGACGAACGAGGUGAAGGAACUGCUAGAUAAGUUGGUUGUCGUCAAGUUAAACGGUGGUCUGGGAACGAGCAUGGGAUGCCACGGACCGAAGUCCGUUAUCGCCGUGCGAAAUGGACUCACGUUUCUCGAUCUCACUGUUCAGCAAAUUGAGCACCUAAAUAAAACGUAUAACGCUAAUGUGCCACUCAUACUGAUGAAUUCGUUCAACACGGACGACGAUACGCAGCGCAUUAUUAGAAAGUACAAAGGAAUCGAUAUAGACAUUUAUACUUUUAAUCAGAGCUGUUAUCCGCGCAUAAACAGAGAUUCUCUCCUCCCGAUCGCUAAGCACUGUCAGAUCGAUGAGGACAUAGAAGCAUGGUACCCACCCGGUCAUGGAGAUUUCUACGAGAGUUUUCAAAAUUCCGGUCUGCUUAAAAAAUUCACUCGUGAGGGCCGCGAAUACUGUUUUAUCUCGAACAUAGAUAAUCUUGGUGCCACGGUGGACAUUAAAAUCUUGAAGUCGUUGUUGAACAAAAGCCCGGAACCGCCUCUUGAAUUUGUCAUGGAAGUGACCGACAAAACGCGAGCGGACGUCAAGGGUGGCACACUUAUAAAAUACGAGGAUAAACUUCGUCUCCUCGAAAUAGCUCAAGUUCCGAAGGAUCACAUCGACGACUUCAAGUCCGUUAAGACAUUUAAGUAUUUCAACACCAACAACCUCUGGAUUAAACUUAGUGCCAUCGAAAGAGUACUCGAGCAAAAGGCGUUGAAUAUGGAGAUAAUUGUAAACAACAAAACGUUUACCAACGGUCUAAAUAUAAUACAACUUGAAACAGCUGUGGGAGCUGCUAUGAAGUCAUUCGAAGGAAGUAUUGGUAUAAAUGUGCCGCGCAGUAGAUUCUUGCCGGUGAAAAAGACCUCUGAUCUGAUGCUCGUAAUGAGUAACUUGUACACGCUGCGCAACGGAUCUCUCGUGAUGAGUCCUCAACGAAUGUUCCCCACAACGCCCCUCAUCAAAUUGGGAGACAAUCACUUUUCAAAAGUGAAAGAGUUUCUGACGAGAUUUCCGACAAUACCGGAUCUCCUCGAAUUGGAUCAUUUGACUGUGUCGGGCGACGUUACCUUUGGGAAAGGGGUAACUCUGAAGGGCACCGUUAUUAUAAUCGCCAAUCACGGAGAACGCAUAGACCUGCCUUCUGGAACCGUUUUGGAGAAUAAAAUUGUGUCGGGUAAUCUACGCAUAUUGGAUCACUAAGUUGCGGCAGCGGGCGCCUGCGGAGAAGCGUCUCGAUUCGUCUCGCGGAGAUCGUUCAAAACGUUUGAGAGAAAAGAAUCUGUUUCAGCAAAUCAUGUCCUAGCUUAAAUUACCUAGUCAGAGUCAAUUGUGUAUGUAUAUAUAUUAUAUAUAUAUUCAUAAUGUUGUUUUAGAGAGAAAGGGCCGGGAUAUAUUUCUAUAAAAAAUUAUUUUACUGAAUUGUAUAUAAGAACUUGUAUAAGAAUUUAAUUAUGAGAUAUAUCAAGAGAAAUUUAUUAUGUAUAGAGUAUAUACUGUUGUGUAGGUGGAAUGAAAAAAAGUGCUUAUAAGGCAUAAUAUAUUAUUAUAUUAUAAUGAAUAAAUGCUAUUUCAAAUUUUA